UUGUUCCUCUAUCUGAAUACUUACUAUUGUCAUGUUUGCAACUUGUAAGUAUAUUGCGAUGACGAUAAAUUAUUUCAAAAAAAGGUGUCCAUGUCAUUAACUGAAAUUUCUACUUUCACUUUCACUGUUAAAUACAUGUAGUUGUGCAUAUAGAAGGAACUUUGAUGCUCAUUUCCGCGUGACUAUGGAAGUAGUGAAAAUUACAUAAAGUUGAAGACAGAUAAUACCUCAGCUUUUACAGAGUUGGAAAAUAUUUUACCUCUUAGAUCUUUCAAAGUUUAAUUAGCUAUAUUCAUUAAAAUAUCAAAUAAAUUGAAUCGUGUAAGAGAAGACGUAAACUGAAGGCUUUGCAGCAAAGGAAAGACCGAUGGGACAAGUUUCCUUGUAGGCUUUCCGGUUUGACAAAUAAAGGUUUCGUCAUUCGUGUGUCGGUGGGCGGGGCGAGGCAGGAACACUCAAGGCCGCUGGAGCAGCGACGCUGCAAGUGUGCUUAGCCGAGGACAGUAUACCAUCUACCAGCCAGACAACCACAUCGGGCAAGAGGAUUACUGAGGGAAAGAUGGUCACGGAGGAGGUCAACCCUCACACAGAGGGAAGACCCAGUGAUGAAAAGUCCAAAAUGUCAACUUUCGAGGACUUGCUCGAGCUGGCUGGGACACGCGGCACAUGGAACAUCAUCAUGUUCUGCAUGUGUUCCAUAAGUUCAUUCAUUUCACCUCUGCAAAUGUUAUCGUAUCAGUUCCUGGGAGCAACUCCAGACUACUGGUGCAGCGUUGAGCCCCUGCGGGAAGCCAACUGGACCCAGGACCAAGUUCUCAGCUUCGCCAUCCCCUUCAGCAACUCCACAGGGCAGCACGAGACCUGCCUCAUGUACGACUACAACUACACGGCGGCGGCGGAGAUGGGUUAUGACGCCGCCAUGGCCAACAGGCCGUCCCUCGCCGGAGACUCCGACGACCCCAUCAAGUGCUACUCGAGAGACUUCAACCGGACGCAGUACCAGUCCACCGUGGUCACGGAGUGGGACUUGGUGUGUGAGCGACGCGUCCUCUACUCCACCACGCAGUCAGUCGUCAUGGGCGGGAAGCUCGUCGGCUACGUCGUCUUUGGUUACCUCAUUGACUUGCUGGGGCGUCGACCGAUUGUACUUGUAUGCUUCUUCUUCUUUAUUUUGUCGUCCUUCCUCGCCGCUGCGUCCCCGUCCGUCGAGGUCUAUAUACUUCUCAAAGGCAUUUUAAGUUUGAUGGAGUCCGGACAGUACCUUGGUCUCUUCGUCUUCGUGAUGGAGACCACAGCGACCAGGUACCGUGCGGCUGUCGGCACCUUGUUCGUGAUUCCCUGGGCCUUGGGGUACAUGCUGGUGCCGGGGAUUGCUUACCUGCUGCCUACCUGGAAAAUAAUGCAGACGGCUUACUCCAUUCCCGCGCUCUGGGGUAUCGUAUAUUUUGUGUGGCUGCCGGAGUCCCCCCGGUGGCUCAUCAUGCAGGGCCGCAACAAGGAGGCGCUCAAGGUGUUGACCCAAGUGGCCAAAGUGAACAAGAAGACGCUUCCCCCAGAUGACCAGAUGAUAUCAGCCAUGACCCUCAUAGGAAAUAAGCCUGCUUCGAAGAAAGAGGACAAGAAGUCCAGUGUGUGGUCCCGCAUAUCAUCAACUCUGAAGGGGUUCUUCAUGCUGCUCAUCUUGCGGGAGUUCAGAGUGAGAACGUUGGUCGUCUUCUUCUGCUGGUUUUCCGUUUCCAUGGUGUACUACGGCGUCGCCCUUAAUGCCGACAACAUCAACACAAACCCCUACCUGUACGUAUUCCUGGGGGGGCUCCUGGAAGUGCCUUCCUACCUGUUGUUGUGGCCGGCGCUCAUCUUCAUCGGCAGGAGAAAGUCUAUGGUGGCAGUGUUUCUGAUAGGUGCCGUCUGCAUCUUUAUGGUCAUGGCGCUCAUGCUGCUGGAGUCAGAGAAUGUGCAAUGGGCCGUGGUGACACUCUCUCAGAGCGGCAAAGUUGCUGUCACUGCAGCGUUCCAGUUGGUGUGGAUGUACACGGCUGAGCUGUACCCCACCAAGUUCCGCUCCCUUGCUGUGGGGCAGAGCAGCAUGUUUGCCAGGGUGGGUUCAGUCUGCUCCCCGUACAUCAACGACCUCAUGGGCGCCACAAUCGCAUGGGGACCAUCGGCACUGUUUGGCUCGGUGUCGCUCAUGUCGGCCGCCCUCACACUGCUGCUGCCGGAGACCCGACACUUGGACCUCACAGAACCCGAGGAAAAGCAGGAAGAGGUGGAAAGAUUUGAACUGAAAGACCAUAAUGCUGAAAGGAAUGCAACGGAAGGAGUCACAAAUUUGUCAUAUACACUGGAAGAGUGAUGGCAGAGACACUAGAUUAGAUAUGAGUUUCUGUAAAUGCAGCAGGAAGGAGUGAACAAUAAUGAGUUAGAAAACUAAGACACGAACAGGAGAAAACCAGUGGGAGGAGUCACAAAGUUGUCACUUACAGCUGAGGAAUAACAGCACAGACGAUGACAGAGAGGCACAGUGGAUGUAGCACUUCACUUAGAGAAGCAUCGUAUUUACAACAUCCAUUACCACCAUAAAAGAAUAUAUUCUUACAAAUUAGUCACACUGACUGAAUAUGGCGGAUGUUGGCUGACAGUGACCAUGUGGGUUCAAGAUUUGUUUUGAGAGAGUCAUCAAGUAACAAGAAUCAAGUAAGUUCCAUGAAUGCAGAGGCUGAAUGAACAUCUUCAGGUGUCGCAAAGAACACGUACCACCACAAGAAGGUACUGCUUGACUGUUCCGUGCAUUGUAGUGGGUAGAAGUAGUUCGAUGUAUGUAGACAGUAACAAACUUUGUUGUUGACGUGUUGUAAUUUAAUUCGUUUUUUAAUUUAUAUAUAUACAGUAAAACCCCGAUUAUCCGAAAUGGAAGGGGGGAAGCCUCUUUCGGAUAAUCCGGAUUUAUGGCCGCCAUUUUGAUCGCCGCCAUUUUGAUUUUGAAACCAAACAAACACACGCUACGCUAAACAAAGUAGUACGCUUAAAACAUGUGAUGUAAAUGUUUUAUUGUAUGUUUGUCUGUGUGUCUCCUUGUCUGGACCAGUGUAUGUUGAUACUUGUGAGCGUUGCAGAUCUGAAUUGUGAAUGUUGCAGAGUGCGAUUGUGAAUGGUUGUGCAAGCUUGCAAGUGUGACCUUGAUGCAUCGUGCAGGUGGAGACACAGUAUGAUGACUCAUAUUAUCGCGC